GGCGGCGUCAUCUCCACCGUUGCGCUCGUAGUGACGUCACGAGCACCAAACCUGACUUUAAUGUACUUUUCCUACGGGAUCCUUUAUGGGUUUGGAUCAUCGUGUGUGUUCUUUGUUGUUUUGAUCAUCUUACAAAGGUACUUUAUAAAGAGGCGCUCGUUUGUAACGGGACUUGCUGUGAGUGGACCCGGUGGAGGAUUGCUUAUUAUGAGCCCUGUCAUUCAGGCCCUCUUGAAUAACACUUCAUGGAGAAUGACCUUCAUGUUCAUGGCAGCAAUCGUGUUUUUGACUUGCAUUUUGUCGUGUUCUUUUGACCCAAACGUCGCCACCAGAAGUGAACCCGAAGAGACUCAGAGAAAUAGCGAGCGAGAGUUACAGAGAAGUUCAUGUUUAAAUGUUUCAUAUUUGAGAAAUAAGGAGUACCUGGUGUACCUAGUGGCAAGUAGCACCGUAUUCCUUGGUGUUGCCAUUCCAAUAGUUCAUUUGGGUCGUUACUGCCAAGAGCACGGAAUUGAUCGAAAUAAAGUGGCGCAAAUGUUUUUCUUUAACGGACUAGCAUCGACCAUUUUUAGAGCCAUCACUGGCCGCCUGUGUGACUUGGGGAGGAAUGUUCCGAUCUGGAUCAUGAGGUUUACAGUUCUUGUCUCCGGGACUUUGGUGAUCUUAAUGACAUUAUCGUCCACAUUUUAUCCGCUUCUAGCAUGUUUUGUUGUAUAUGGAAUGAUGGACGGUGCUAUUGCUUCAUCGAUGAAUAUUCUAGUUUUGUCCACAUUAUCCACGAAACAGAAGUCUCAGGGAAUUGGUUUUUUUCAUUUAUGUGUGGCAGUUACACUGGUGGCUGGUCCCCCUUUGGGAGGAUUCAUUGCUGAUUUGCAAGGAUCGUACAAUCCUGCGUUUUACACAGCAGGAUCGCUUCAAAUUUUUGCGAGCAGCCAAGCGUUUAUGGAGGGACCAGAGGGUGAUAAUUUUCUGCUGACAAAGGAAGUCAUCAAGGAACGGAGAAGUGGAUGCAAUGAUUUCAAGCGGAUUUCGCGAUAUUUGGGGGAAUGUAAACAGCCUGACAGCCCGUAUGCUUAUUUUGUAUGUUUCUGUGGGUUUCUAUGCAUUUUGAUCGCCAUCGGCUGUUCGUAUUCAUACGGUCUUCUAUUCCCAGUGCUACUGCACGAAUUCAAAGAAGGAAAAGCCAAGACAGCUUGGGUUGGUUCUCUGGCGUAUGCAUGCGGCAGUCUAUUCGGACCAGUUGUAGGACUUCUUUGUGAUCGAUUCAACCACCGUACAGUUGGUAUUGCAGGGGGUAUUAUCUCUACCAUGGCCCUCCUUGCUACUUCGCAAGCUCCAAAUCUAACUCUGAUGUACUUCACGUUUGGCGUUGCGUUUGGCUUUGGAAAUUGCUGUAUCUUCUUUGUUGUGCUAACUAUAAUGCCUAAGUACUUCAUUAAAAGGCGCUCGCUGGCAACAGGGCUCGUUCUUAUGGGGUGUGGAGGGGGAUUAAUUGUAAUGAGCCCAAUCAUUCAGGCCUUGUUGACAGUGAGCUCAUGGAGAAUCACAUUUAUUGCCAUGGCAGGGAUGUUGUUCGUGACUUGCAUAUUGUCUUGUUCAUUCGACUCGAAGAUUGGGGACAACGAUAAGGACAGCACUGAUCAAGACAAGAAGCCGAACAAGUUGUGCUCAACGUUAGAUUUUUCAUAUCUGAGAAAUAAGCAGUUUGUUAUCCAUCUAAUUGGAAGUAUCACGUGUUUUUGCGGAAUCACAGUUCCUUUGGUUCACAUGGCAGAGUACUGUCAAGAACGUGGAAUUGACGCAAACCGCGCAUCUAUGAUGUAUUUUUGGAACGGAAUAGUGACAGUUAUUUUGAGGGCAUUAACGGGUUCCGUGUGCGACAGGAACAAACUGUAUCCAAGGCUAAUUAUGCAAGUGGCAGUUUUCGUUGCCGGAGCAACUACAAUCUUAACCACCUUAACGCAGUCGUACACUGAACUAUUGACCUGUUUUGUCGCUUACGCUGUUGCCGACGGGGCUAUUGUCACUUCAAUGAACAUCUUGGCUUUGGCAGCACUUUCCCCAAAACAACGCUCUCAAGGAUUUGGAUUUUUCCAUUUCUGUAUUGCGUUCGCUUUAGCAGUGGGCCCCCCUUUCGGAGGUUUUCUUGCCGACUUCUCCGGAUCAUACUCUCUCACAUUCUACGUAGCAGGAGCAUUCCACGUGUUAGCUGGUUGUAUUCUACUCUUGUCCUACUGUGUUUCAAGUCCCAGUGUCGCUCAGGAGCACUCUAAGCAACUUUCACCAUACGAGCAAUGUCUAAUUGUUGAUGUUGUAACAGUAUUGUGAGAUUUUGCCUAUAAACCGGUUGUAGUUUUAACCACAGAGAGAAACUUUUAAGAAAAAAAUUAUCUUAUUAUAUGUUAUAAUAAACAUUCAUCAUUUCAUUAAAGAGUACACGGUUAAUAUUCUA